AUGGACAACAAACGAGGAACAACUAUGAAACCACAGGAAGGAGAAGUGGUCUUGUCGUGCGAUUCAUUACAACCUCGGAACACAUGGAAAAUUGGGCGCACUGUAGAAUUACGGACUAAUGCAGCGGAUACAGUACGAGAAGUUCUCACUGAACUUUCUAACAAAACACGACUUAGACGUUCAAUGAAUAGAGCCGUACCGCUAAAAAAAGGCCAUGAAUCCGCACCAGAUCCUGAACCUACACCACCUUCAUCAACGUCUACUCCUAAACCGCGCUACAAUUUGCGCAAGCGCAAACUCAUCCAGAAUAGUGAGUAG